AAAAAAAAUGCUUCCGAUCUGUCAAAUUCGGAAAACAAACGCCGACAGUCGAGGUGGCCGCCAGAAGAAAAAAGCGAUUUUCGCACGAAAACUUUGAGUUUAUUUCCAACAUUUUCAUACAUAUUCUGCCCAAACAUUCAAAAGAAAGAUGUUUUACCACAUAUCUCUCGAGCACGAGAUUCUCCUGCACCCGCGCUAUUUUGGCCCGCAGCUGAUCGAAACGGUGAAGCAAAAGCUGUACACCGAAGUGGAGGGAACCUGCACCGGUAAGUACGGGUUCGUGAUAGCCGUCACCACCAUUGACGACAUCGGUUCCGGGUUGAUUCUGCCCGGCCAGGGCUUCGUGGUCUAUCCGGUCAAGUACAAAGCCAUCGUGUUCCGGCCGUUCAAGGGCGAAGUGCUGGACGCGGUGGUCACACAGGUCAACAAGGUGGGCAUGUUUGCCCAGAUUGGGCCACUGUCGUGCUUCAUCUCGCACCACUCGAUCCCGGCCGAUAUGCAGUUUUGUCCGAAUGGGAAUCCGCCGUGCUAUAAAUCGCAGGACGAGGACGUGGUCAUUGCCCUGGAAGACAAGAUCCGGCUGAAGAUCGUCGGUACCAGAGUGGAUGCCACCGGAAUUUUUGCAAUCGGAACUUUGAUGGACGAUUUCCUGGGUCUGGCUGGAAGCUAAAAAAAUGUUCUCAGAUAUUUAUACCAAGCUAAGUAUAUUUUUAUUUUAUCAAUUAUAUCUAAUUAAGAAUUAACAAAAAGAGGAUAGUUCUAGAAAUGAUCAAUAAUAACUCUUUAUGAUAAA